CCGGCUGAAAGAAAGCGAAUCCUUGACACAUAUUAUAAAGCCAUGUUUGUGCGCGAGCCAUUUGCUCGUGUACUCUCAGCCUUCAAAAACAAAGUCGAGGGACAUUCAAACGAUAUGUUUAAAAGGUGGGAACCAAGCAUGCCAGAUGAAGACGUAGAAAAGAACAAAUUCCCUAUUUACAUCCGAAAUGUUCUUUCUUAUAACCGUUCAAGCUUAGCCAUCAACAAACAUUGGCGAUUGUACGACCAGAUUUGUCCAUGCGAAGUGGACUAUGAUUUCAUUGGGCACUUUGAGGAUCUGGGGCUGGAAGGUCAAAUGCUGUUGAAGGCAAUCGGAGUAGAUCACCUAAUGUCAUUUCCAGAGUAUCAUUCAUCGCACUCCAAACCGUACCUGCUGGAGUACUAUUCCAAACUGACCAAAGAGGAAAUUUACAAACUUGGGAAGUUUUACGAGCUCGACUUCAAGAUAUUUGGAUAUGAUUUUCCUGGACCACUAAAGGAGAUCUUGAAAGAAAAAGAACUUCAAUGA